UGAUUAUGGUUAAUCAAGGUUGACCUGCUUUUUACUGAUAUGCAAUGCAUUUUAGGUUUUAUUGCUCUGUGGUUCUGUCUGUGCAUUCUCUACUGUCAAAAGUAUGAAAUCUUCUCGGGGUUGCUCCUAGUUCUAGUGAAAUGUGUGAUAAUCUAAUGAACCGAAGAUGUUAGGAUACUAUGGACCUUUUAUGUCAUUCUUAUGUAUCGGCACACUAUUUACGCAUGUCUAGAGGUGAGGCAGUGCUUGUAGAAUGAUAACAAUUAAUCUUUAAUACAGUUAUAUGUGAUACAAAAUGGGUAACCAAAACAGUUGCUGUUGUUACCGCAGUCCGUCACCGAUCAGAAAGGACAUCGUCAAGCUAGAAGACUAUCUUCCGGAAGGUGAAGUAAGCUCCAAUAAUAUUCAGCACAUCAGCGAGAGAGAGCCUGAUGAUGGCGACAUCGACCCUUCUCAAGAUCCCAUCGCUGGAACCAUUUUUAUGGAACGCUCCAAAGCAUCUAUAGAAAAUGGAAUGACCAGAAAACGCAGUCAACAUCAAAUUGCUGAUAAUAAGCUCAAAAAAAGCAGUUCCUGUUCAACUAUUUAUUUAGAUGAUAGUACGGUAUCUCAGCCUAAUCUGAAGAACACGGUCAAGUGUGUAGCCCUUGCUAUUUACUAUCAUAUAAAGAAUAGAACAUCGGAGCGCAGGUUAGACAUAUUUGAUGAGAAACUCCACCCUCUUAGUAAAGAAGGAGUAAGUGAUGAUUAUGAUAAAUAUAACCCUGAGCACAAACAAAUAUACAGGUUUGUAAGAACACUGUUCAAUGCUGCACAGCUAACGGCUGAAUGUGCUAUUAUCACUUUGGUGUACUUGGAGCGCCUUCUAAUAUGUGCUGAGCUAGACAUUGCUCCAUCUAAUUGGAAGAGAAUAGUGUUGGGAGCUAUCUUAUUAGCAAGUAAAGUGUGGGAUGACCAAGCUGUGUGGAAUGUGGACUACUGCCAGAUCUUAAAAGAUAUCACGGUGGAGGAUAUGAAUGAGCUAGAGAGGCAAUUUUUGGAAAUGUUGCAAUUUAAUAUCAAUGUACCAUCUAGUGUAUAUGCUAAAUACUAUUUUGAUCUUCGUACACUUGCUGAAGCCAAUGAUUUGGCAUUCCCCAGUGAACCUUUGAGUAAAGAGAGAGCACAAAAGUUAGAGGCAAUGUCUAGGGUGAUGGAAGAUAAAAUAGCUGCUGAAGUGGUGAAAAAUGGCAUUAAGAAAUGGUCAAGCUUAGACAAUGUCAAUUCAGGUGCUGGCGUGAGGCGAAGUGUAGCCAUAUUGUCAUAAUUGAUUAGUCAUGAGCCAAAAUUGAGAUCCAAAAUGAAUCACAAAUUAACAGAUAAUAUUUGUGUAUUUUAUAAGAAUGUAUUGUAUUUAGAAGUUUUGCACCCGACGAAUGUUAAUUUAAUAUCCAACAUUAAGUUACAAUAUGUCAAUAUUUAAGUAUUAAUUAAUACUUGACAUCAAUUACUGCCAACUAUUGCCUUGAUAAUAAAGGCUUGAUGAUGUAUCAUCAAUUGUGAUUAUUAUAGGUUUUAUUUGACAUUUUGAUUUUAAUAAAAUGACAAAUGUAAAAUUUCCAUUUAUUUUGAUGAUGCAUCGUUAGGCAGAAGGUAGUGAAAUCAAUAGUAUGGGGUAUUUUAUACCAGUUUUAUAACAUAACUCUUAUAAGUCAUAAAGAUUACACUGAAUAAUAUAAAAAUGUAAUUAAUUUUGGUAUGUGCACAAAUGCUUUAUAUUGGCAGUGCAAUAAGUUUUGUAUGCUCA